AUGUUAGUUUGCUAUCCUAAUUGUGAAGAGUUGAUUAUUCCAGAGUCUUACUUGAAGUUGGUAAAUGAAUCUGACUUGAAUGAAGAAGAAAUUCAGAGCUCAUUGAAGAGGAUUAUUAUCAAACAUUCCAAUUCCACGCAACCAUCCAAGUAUGGAACACUUAAAUUUGCAUUGCAAGGUUUCUUCUCAAAGGCAACUAUAUCAUUUGAUGAAAUUAGAAAGGAUGAACUCCAAUUCGCAACUCUUCCUUCCAGCAAUAGAACUAUCAUAGUUGACUGUUAUGAAGAUGUACUUUUCAAAAAAAUUGAAAGUACUGAAAAGCAUUUCAAAGUUAUGGACAAUUCUCUCAUUAAGAAUCGUAUUAGAAACAUGAAGAUUGAAUUCGCUCAAUGCAUUAUUUCUAACAACUAUUCAAAAUUUGCAAUCAUUGAUAAUUCCUUGAAUAUGUUAGAAGGAUUGAAGCGUAACAAAGAGCUCAUGCUCCAAACAAUUCAUCAAGCCAUUGAAAACUAUCAUGAUAUCUUUACCAAUGACCAAUUAUAUCAAGAAAUUACUGAAAGAUUUGAUGCUUGCUUAUCAACCAUUGAAGGAGAAUACUUUAGCGAAUUUCACUUCUCUAAAUAUUAUAGUGAAUUGGAAACUCUCUUCCACCAAAUGGUUCAAGUCAUUGAGGAUAAUGGCUAUCCAUCAAAAGUUCUAUUCAAUGAACAAUGGUUCAACGAGCAAAUUGUUGAGCUGUAUGGUUAUCAAAGUGAAGAAGUUCAAGUUUACGAAGACUCACAGGAAGAAAUGGAGAAGGCAAUCUUUGCUUUAAUGUUAGAUGAAGAAGAAACAGUGGAUAUUGAAAUUGAUGAUUGUGAAAUGGAGUAA